AUGAGCCGACAUCCUGAGGUAAAGUGGGCAGAAAGGGAGGACAAGGUGUAUCUUACUGUGCUGCUGCCAGAUGCCAAAAAUCCAAAGGUCGGUGUUGACCCUGACGGGACAUUUACUUUCUCUGCCGCUGCUGGUUCAGAUAACAAUCUCUAUGAAGUCAAACUGAAUCUACUCGAUAAAGUUAAUGUGGAGGAGAGCAAGAUAAACAUAGGUGUGAGGAACAUAUUCUGUGUGUUGGAGAAAGCGGAGAAGAAAUGGUGGACAAAAUUGUUGCGUGGGGAUGAGAAGACACCCCACUAUGUGAAAGUAGAUUGGGAUAAGUGGGUGGAUGAAGAUGAUGAUACUGGUGCACCAUCUGAUCUUGAUUUGGAUGGAAUGGAUUUCUCGAAAUUUGGUGACAUGGGUGGCAUGGGCGGUAUGGGUGAUAUGUCCGGCUUGGGUGGUAUGGGUGGAUUUGGAGAUAAUGAUGCAAUGGGAGAUGACUUUGAGGACUCUGAUGAUGAUGAAGAAAUCAAGAAGCCAGAAGUGAAAGGUGCUGACAAAGCAGAGGGAGAAGCUCCCAAGGACAAGGCAGAAACUGCACCGACCUCAUGA